GUGUGGAACCCAAGGGUGAACAAAGAAAGGAUAGCUCCUUCCGCUGUUGACGUCCUACGAACUACGAAUGAGAAUUUGGAUGGAUUUUUUCAGUUGCCAAUUCCCGGGCACUCAGAUUUGCUUCCCGACUUGAUGACAGGCCUGGACAGAGGUCUUCAGCACUACAUAACCAAGGCAAAAACUGGCUGUGGGACACGGAAUACCUUUGUCCCCAGUAUGCCAGCGUUAACCAGGUGUACAAUAGGAUCAAAGAAAUCAAAGAAGAAAGACAAGUCACAAGGCACUCAAAGGAAGAAAUCUCAGGUUGGAACGAUGAAUGGGGACAGCUCCUUUGGAAUACCACAGCUAUGUGUCCGUAUUAAUACUUUGCUGCACAUCUGGGCAGAAUUGGAUGUCUUGGAGAAUCGGAUAGUAACUCAUCUAAGGAAUUGUGCAUCUGCUCAUGCAGAUGAUUUUGCAAACGGGUUGGGGAAGAAGUUUGACUUGGCAGCAGCUGCUUGUCGGGAAGGAAUCCAACAACUUUCUGAGGCAACAGCUUUCAAAAUCAUCUUCCAUGAUUUAAGCCAUGUUCUAUGGGAUGGUUUAUAUGUUGGGGAGCCAGCAACUUCACGAAUUGAACCUCUGCUUACAGAGCUCGAUCAGAACUUAGGAAUCAUAGCAGAAACAGUUCAUAACAGAGUCCGUACCCUUGUGAUUACUGAGGUCAUGAAAGCUUCAUUUGAUGGAUUCUUGUUGGUGCUUUUAGCUGGCGGCCCGUCACGUUCUUUCUCCCAGCAAGAUGCUCAAAUAAUAGAUGACGAUUUCAAAUCACUAAGAGAUCUGUUCCGGUCCAAUGGAGAUGGGUUGCCAUUUGAUUUGAUAGAGAAGUCCUCAAAAACUGUUGAGGAUGUCCUCCUCCUUUUCCGUGCAAAUACCCAAGGCCUCAUUGAAAAUUUCAGGGUCAGGACCUUGGAUACCUAUGGUCUUGCCAAAUCCAGGCUCCCAUUACCUCCAACUUCAGGGCAGUGGAAUCAAGAUGAACCAAAUACACUCCUACGUGUUUUGUGUUACCGAAAUGAUGAAGCAGCUACAAAGUUCCUUAAGAAGACCUACAAUUUGCCGAAGAAACUGUAACUAUGAGGUGUGACCUUGGCAAAAAUGCUUCUAUGAGAUUGUUCGGGUAGCAAGUUCCUGUAGUGUUUGCUCUGGCUGUAGAGGGUUGAUCUUUUUCUGAAGCGAAAUACCUUUCUUGUAUAGUGUAUUUGUGGAUGGGUCUCGUCGAUAGGAGACUUGAUUGUUUAUUUAGCCCUACCUGUUAUACUGUUAGUUGAGAUCUGCUACUAGUUGACUUCAUGGCAUCAGUGAAUUGUGAAGAUAUCAGAGGGUUGGAGAUGGAUACUUGGGGGCUGAUGUUUGAGGUUCAGGGUGGGUUAGUAUUAUUAUCAUUGGGGAUAAUAUUCAUUGUCAUUCUUUAACACCAUAAUUAGAUAUGUAGUAUUGGAUCUCUGAUUUCUAUAAACAAAAUCAUUUGUGGAGAG